CUAUGCUUUGACUUCCGCCCCCUCCUCCCUUACUUUUUCAAAUAUACUCAUCUCCGAUCUGUCUCUCUUUGCUGAAUUGAAAGCCUCUUCUUGUAAGACACUUAGUAAGCUUGUUGGCUGAAGCCAGAAGGACCCCUAACUCCCUUCGUUUUCUUAGUUUUUCAUUUAUACUCAUCUCUGAUCUGUCUCUCUUUCUAAAAGAAUCCCUCUUCUUGUAAGGAACUAAGUAAGCUUGCAGGCUGAAGCCAAAAGGAAGCUGUCAGAGAUGGGUAGGGCUCCUUGUUGUGACAAGGCAAAUGUGAAGAAAGGACCUUGGGCACCUGAGGAAGAUAAUAAGCUUAAGGAUUAUAUAGAGAAGUAUGGGAUUGGUGGAAAUUGGAUCGCCCUCCCACAAAAGGCUGGGCUAAGGAGAUGUGGGAAGAGUUGCAGGCUGAGAUGGCUAAAUUAUCUGAGACCAAACAUAAAGCAUGGUAACUUUUCUGAUGAUGAAGAUAGGAUCAUAUGCAGCCUCUUUGCUUCCAUUGGAAGCAGAUGGUCCAUAAUAGCUUCUCAUCUUCCUGGAAGGACAGAUAAUGACAUUAAGAACUACUGGAAUACAAAGCUCAAGAAGAAACUAUUUGGAAUCUCGCCAACUCAAAGGAAAUCAAGUCAUCAGGUGAAGCAGCAGAAUCAACAAUUACCAGCUUCUCUUGAUCAUAAUCUCCUUCAUCCCUCUACUUCUACUUCAUUACUAUCCCAUCACCAAUACUAUCCAUCCAUAUUUUCUAACUCCACCACUUCAUCCCCAUUAGUUCAAAUGUGGCCAUCACAGCAAUAUCAGACUGAGUUAAAUAGCAGCAAGCUCCUCAUUUUUGGAGGAGACCAGUUGAACUGCUGCUCUUCUGAAAUAAGCUUCGGGAGACCUAUGGAGUUUGAGUCAGAAAACUAUUCUCUCUUUAAUGAAAUAGGAGAUCAGAAACUUCUCUUUGGUAGCAUUACAGGAGGAGGAGGAGUAAUAGAAGCUCCACUGAUAAAUUCUGAUUAUGAGGAGAUUAAGCAAGUGAUUAAUCCCAAAAACAUCUACUUUGAUGACCCCAGAAGAGCAACCGAGGCCAGUGGGAACAGCUUUAAGCCCCAAGAAAGGGUCAUGUACUAUUACUGAUCUACAGCUAUGAGCUAGCUAUCAGAGAUCAUCAAAAGGAGGAGGAAAUUAUUAGCCGAGUCAAAUAUAGGUACCACCUAUAUGUAUUUGAUUUAUGUAUUAUUAUCUACAGUAAAUAUUCUGUAUCUAAUAAUACAUAAAAAUUCAUAAUAGUAUAUGCGUGACUGUAUAUGAGCUUUACGCACGUAAUAAUUUCGAGAGAAGAAGAGAGACUUAAUUAAGGAGUUAAAAACGUUUUGUUCUUAGCUUGGUAGAUAUAUUGGAUGAGCCAUGGAAGGGAGUACAUGAGCUCAAAAAGAUCAGUGUGGGGUUCCAUAUGGUUGUGUGCAUUUCAAUCUUUCUACUAUUGACAUGAUUGAUGUUCCUUUUUAU